AUGCCACAACCUGAACCUCCUCCAUCCUCUUCCUCCACUCCCCCUCCAACAACUGCACCUUCAACUCGCCUGCGAGUCGAACCAGAGGACAUAUUCCUAAGAGAUGCCUCCAACCGAGCAUGGCUCCUCCGUGGCGUCAACCUCAGCGGGGCCUGCAAGUUCCCGCGCUACCCUGUUCCUGUUCCUUCUCAUAAAGGUGGCGCGUCAUUCCUCCAGCCCCGGAAACUGGUGCUGGCAGAGGGACAACAAGAAAAAGAUUUAAACUCCUUUUUUCCUCCAGCAGCAGUACCUAACGCUGUUACUCCGACAACACUGGAUGCUGACUCUAAUGGAAUCCACCAUGCCAGUGAUGCAGAGCCUGGUAAGAAUGAGGGUGCGCAUGGUGACAUUCGGUCUGAGGACGAGACUAGACCUGGAGGGAAAACGUCUGAGGCGACAACCACGACUGACACGGGCGCAGCAGGCAGGGACAAGGACGACGACGGGUCAAUCUCGUUCGUGGGCAGACCUUUUGAGCUGCACGAGGCGGACGAGCACCUGGCUAGGUUGAGGCACUGGGGCUUUCGGAUGAUCCGAUGGGUCGUUACCUGGGAAGCUGUCGAGCACGCAGGCCCCGGGGUCUAUGACCAAGAGUUCCUGGACUACACGGUCAAGGCUCUACUAAAGGCCAAGGAGUAUGGGUUCAAGGUCAUGAUCGACUUUCACCAGGACGUGUGGUCAAGAUUCUCGGGCGGAUCUGGCGCACCCCUGUGGACAUUCUACGCCGCAGGAUUAGACCCCCACCACUUUGCAGCAACAGGAGCAGCAGCAGUCCACAACACCCUCCAGGACAACGAACCCCUAUUGCGGAUGGUCUGGUUAACCAACUACUACAAACUCGCGUGCGCAACCAUGUUCACACUCUUCUACGCCGGCAGGAUCCUGGCACCUAAAUGUACCUUUGAAAACGGCGUCAAUAUCCAGGAUUAUUUGCAGGAGCAUUUCCUGGGCGCCAUUCGGGCGUUGGUCGAUAGGAUAUAUGACUGUCGAGAUGAGGAUGGAAGGAACUUGUUGGAAGAUGAUGUGGUUAUUGGGUAUGAUUCUUGGAAUGAGCCGUCGAAUGGGUGGAUUGGGUUGGAGAGAUUGGAUGUGUUGCCAGAGCAGCACGAUAUGCGGCAGGGUGAUAUGCCGACACCGCUGCAGUCACUUAUGCUGGGUGAGGGGAUGACGGUCCAGAACGUGGCGACGUUUCAGUUGGAGCUUGUGGGACCUGUCAAGACUGGAUCGAAAACUAUUCAGCCGUCAGCACACCCUGAUGCCGCCUUGGUGCCUCACGACCAGCUCCCCAUAAAGGCUUGGUUGCAUCCUACUGUGCGAGGAGAGAUCGAUCGCAAGUAUGGGUUCAGGCGUGAUGAGUGCUUCCCGAGAGCAGGAGAGUGUCUGUGGGCACAACAUGGGGUGUGGUCGAUCAGGGAUAGCAAGGUCUUGCAGCACGAUUACUUUGCGAGAGGACCUUUGACGUCAGACGAGCAACCACUGUUGAUCCAGUGGGUACCUGACCACUGGUUGCCGUUCGCGAAACGCGUGAUCGAACUCGUCCGUUCUGUACACCCCACCGCCAUCUUGUUCCUGGAACCCCCAGUCUACGUCCCAGCGCCAGAUCUCGUCAGUGAAACCAAUGCCACCAAGACUCCCGACGAGGCACCUAACCAGGUCCUACUUGAUAACAUGGUCUACGCCCCUCACCACUACGACGACUUGGUACUGCUGACCAAAAAGUACCUUGGCUGGGUUAACAUUGACCUUUUGGGUCUGAGCCGUGAACGACACAAGAGUCUUUAUGGAUCGAUCAUCUUUGGAAAGAAGGCGACCGAGUCCUUGUUUGGUAACCAGAUUGGUGAGAUCCAGAAGGAAUGUUAUGGGCGUCUUGGCAAGAGACCCGUACUAAUUGGCGAGACAGGACUGCACUUUGAUGUUGGACUCAACAAAUCGCAACAAGCAGGAAACAUUCAGACCCCUUCGACUAGCGACAACAACAACAACAACAACGAGAAACCCAAGAAACCAAGUAUCUGGAAAACAUUCAGACUCACAUCCUCCAAAACGACCACAACGACAGUGACAACAACAACAGCAACGGCGGCAGGAAGAGGACUACCGGUACAGUCAAACCAGUUCGUUAAGGCUUUCGAUAACAUCCUACAGGGACUCGACCGCACACUGGCACAUUACACACUCUGGAACUAUACCAUCGAGAACACGAAGCAGUUUGGAGAUGGGUGGAACGGCGAGGAUCUCAGCCUCUACUCUGCCCCUCUUCCUCUUCCUCCUCCUCCUCCUUCAGCGUCUAUUGCGACAACAACGGAAACAACGAGCACAGCGGAGGAAACUGUGCACCCUCUGGAUCGAGGCGGAAGAGCGGUCGAACAGUUCUGUAGACCCUACCCUGUGGCCACGGUGGGCCAGCCGACCAGGAUCAUGUUUGAUCGACAUUUUGGAACUUUCAGACUGUGGACCAAGACUGACGGCUCACAAGAACAGGGACAGCAACAGAAACAGCAAGGGAUGCUACAAAUGGAAGCUCAGACGUUUGGAGGGGUUUCCGCAGAUUUGAGAUCUCAGUGCUUCCGUGUAGCAUACAGAGGAAUCCUUUUACGCUCAACAGGUGCCAAGCAAGCGAUUCGCACGAACUGUCAAUGCCAAGACUUUGAUUUUGAUUACAUGGAUAAUCGCACUGUCGCGCAGCGCAAGGCUGUAGAGUAG